AUGUACGUGGGAUACUUACUGGAUAAAGAAAGCGGGAUGUAUCAUCAAGGGCCAGUAAGAAGAUCGAGCAUCAAUCUUCCUCCACAGAACUUUGUUUCGUCUCCACAGUACCCCGACUUUACCGGAUACCAUCAUGUGCCAAACAUGGAAACGCACGCACAACCUGGGGCCAGUUGGGGACCUUCAUAUGGCGCCCCAAGAGAGGACUGGGGUUCAUACAGUCUUGGACCCCCUAACAAUCUCCCUCCCCCCAUGAACAACACAUCUAAUGGACAAGUUCCUUACUGUUCUCCCGAGUAUAGUCACAUGCACCCUCCCGGAUCUGCGGUGCUGCAGCAGCCGCCGGACAACGUUACAGUUGCACAGAUUUCUCCUGAGAGAGAAAGGCGCAAUUCAUACCAAUGGAUGAGCAAAACCGCUCAAUCGUCUUCUACAGGUAAAACAAGAACGAAGGAGAAAUACAGGGUAGUCUACACAGACCAUCAGAGGCUGGAGCUGGAGAAGGAGUUUCAUUUCAACAGAUACAUCACCAUCAGGAGGAAAUCUGAACUGGCUGUCAACCUGGGUCUGUCUGAAAGACAGGUGAAAAUCUGGUUUCAGAACCGCAGAGCCAAAGAGAGGAAGCUGAUAAAGAAGAAGCUGGGUCAGUCUGACGGCAGCAGCGGGUCUGUUCACAGUGACCCGGGUUCGGUGAGCCCUUUGCCGGUACCGGGCUCCCUCAGUCCCACAGAGAUCCACGGCUCUCUGUACCCUCCCCAGGGAAUGAGCACAUUGCCGUCUAUCAGGAAUAUCCAGCAGGUGACUGUGACUCAGUAA